AUGUCAUUACAUUCGAGCGACAUCAGAGUAUAUGUAGAAUGGGUUGAAUCAGCCGUGUUCGCAGGUGAUUCAAUAGAGUGCAUCAUAACUUUCAAGAAUAUCGCGACUAUUCCUACGCCAUCAGAAGGGUCCCAUUAUUCGUCACCAUUUGGAGGCUCAGUUUCUUCGGAAAAUCCUAGAUUGAUACUAUCAGUUCCCCAAAAGAAUAUUCAUACAAGGAAUGACAGAUCAACUCAGCCUAGCAGAGGACACCGUACCGCGCUAUCACUAAAUAUCUUGAAUAAAUCAGGCCCAGUGAAACCUGCGAAUCCUACACCACAAGGAAAACCUAGUAGCUUCCAAAAGGGAAACCUCCAUAGACGUUCAGUAUCAAUUAUACCGGUAGGGAUUGCUGAAAAUUCAUCCGAGCAAGGAAUAUCUUACGGCGAUAUACUAGAAAGAUCACGCAGAGCUCUAAGAGGCCAUGGAAGGUCUGCCAGUCUUCAAAUCUUUUCACAGAAACAAGCAACCGUUUCCAAACGAUUGCAGAUGCACUCAUUUUGUUUACCUUCUUCAAGUACUCUGGAUAUGGCGAGCAGAUACCAACAAAUACCAUUCGAUGCAACCUUACCUACUCAUAGCCUAAAGCCACUGCCGGUUCCAUCAGAAACAUCUUUGUUUCCACCGGACUUUCAAUGUAAAAAAGGUCCUAAAUCUCCCUCGAGCUUAUCUGUUGAGAAAGAGUCCCAAGACGCUCUAUCACCUUCCUCGCACCCGAAAGAUUCCCAAAGUCACAAUCAGAAAGCAAUUGUGCCGACCAAGAUCCAUACCUCAGCUGGUGCCGUAGAGACACCAAGAGCGAGCAUAGAAUGUGGGUCUCUGAGUAGUAAUUCCUCUGAAACCCUUGCAUCUGAAUACCAACCUCAUCGACAAAACCGUACCACAUCACAAACUGCCGAAAGUAAACGUCUUUGGGGCUCGAGAGCUAAUGAUGGCGUAAAAAAACCGCCAGAAGUUCUAAUGAUGGCUUAUGCCCAGCUUCAUGGCUCAUUUACUCUAGAUUCGUCCCUGAUAAACCUAGCUCCUUUUGAAGAGGUAAAGAGGAAAGGAGUUAUAGGUAGUCAGGGUGGAGGGGUUAUUGGGUUAGAGACAAAUAAACGUGACAGCGGACUGUUGCGUGGUUUUGGAUGGGGUAAUAUCGGUGACUCAAUUGGGGGAUUUCUUGGUUCUGGUGAGCUUAGCAGCAUUAAAGAUCUAAGAGAAACUUUAGGCUCUCGAUCAAUUCCAAUUCUUUCUACUCCUCAAUCUAUAUUAUUUGUUGACCUCCGACUCGGUCCAGGGGAGAGUAAAAAGUUCAAAUACUCAUUCAAGCUACCGCGUGGAAUACCUCCGUCACAUCGCGGUAAAGCGAUUAAAAUAAUUUACAAACUUGUUAUCGGAACUCAGCGGCCUGGUGGAGCGAAAGAACAGCAGGUCAAAAUGAACGAAAUUCCUUUUCGAGUCCUGGGGAGUGUUGAUAGCAAUGGAAAGCCUAUCAAACAUGACUUGAUGAGUCCGUAUAUCAUUCUUCGAGAUCAGGCUUCUGUCAAGGCGAUUUCUGAUACAAAUCAGGAGACUUUGGCUGAAGAUAAGACGUUAAAUCUGAGCAAUUCUUCAUUGAGUGACUUUCUAUCAUACGUAAAUCUUCUUCUCGCAAAACCACAUGGGGACUCUGGCUCAGGACUGCUUUCACCCACAGAGGAUUUAGAGAAUCAAGACUCAUCAUGCAAUGAAGAACCUACCAAUGCUAGAGAGGCUAUCGAGAUGGCAAUAUUUAAGAGUAAUACUAUCACUGGAGCUCAACAGAGCGCAAAUAAGUUCGAAAUUUCCCGCAGUGGUAAGAAGGUUGCUAUUCUGAUGCUCGCCAGACCAGCAUACAGGCUAGGAGAAUCUAUCAUAGCUGCAAUUGAUUUCACUGAUGCCAGAAUUCCAUGCUACGCUAUACAUGCAACUUUAGAGUCGUCGGAAAGAGUUGACAUGUCAAUCGCCCUUCGAUCAGAAUCUAGUAUUCUCCGAGUUACUCGGAAAACCCAUAGCUCACACUCUGAAUCCACCUUUUUUUCCAGAAGAACUGUCUUUACAUCCACAAUACCCAUCACAGCAACACCAGAAUUCAUAACUAGCGGUGUUAGCCUCGAAUGGCGCAUUCGUAUUGAAUUUGUCACUGCACGGCUAGGGUAUGAUAAUAGGUCUGCCCAAGUGCAAUCUGAGUUGUUGGAAGUUCUCUCCAAAGAUGAACGUGGAAUAGUUCUAGCACCAGUAGAAUUUAUGGAUUGCGAGAGCUUCGAAGUCACUAUCCCACUUAAAGUUUAUGGCGCACCAGAUCCUAAUGAAGAGAACCCAUCGUUAUCAAACGGACUGACCGUGUAA